AUGUUUAACCAUAUAAUUUUUUUUCCAUUUGAUGACCUUCAAAUCUUUUUCAUUCUAGGUACUUCGGAGGCAAGAAAGGUUCGUGGCCCUACUUUACUAAAAGAUAUUUGGAAACUUCCUGUAGGGAAGACAGUUGAUGUGUCGUUUAAUAGUCGUAACCAAGCUGUUGGGAAAGAGGGUCGAAAGCUUGCUAGCUUUCUAGGAAUUGUUGCGAGGACUCCAGAACUAACACCUCUACACAUAGAUGAUUGGAGAAACUUUGGCGACGAGGAAAAGAAGAGAUUGGUGAAUUUAGUGAGGACUAAAGACGCUUUGCUGAAAAAUAGACUAAGUCGCAUACCGAGGGAUCAAUGGACUGGUCUUGUCUCUUAUUGGUUUUCUGAUAAAGCUAAGAGGUGUUCCCAAGCAAAUAGAAACAAUAGGACCAAACAAAAGAUGCCUCACACAGGAGGAUCCAAAAGUAUUGCUACCUUGAUGGAUGAGAAGGACAUGAUAAAUGAAAGGAUAAGCAAUGGUGAGAGAUCUACUGACCGACCUCCUCAUAGUGUUGCUUGGGAAGGCGAUGUGUAUUCGCAGGUGUUGGGAAAUGAAAAAAGUGGGUAUGUCCGUGGUUUAGGACUCGGUCCAACUCCUUCUAUUCUAUGGGGUAGUAGAUCUUCCUUAGGAAAUAUUGUUUCAGAGGAUUCGUCUAAGGAGGAUGUACAAAGGUUACAACAUGAGAUAGCUGAGUUAAAGGCUAAACAAAAUGAAGAAAUGAAUCUGAUGAAACAAAACCAGGAGAAGAUGCAAGCAGAAAUACUCCAAAUGAGACAAUUCAUGCGCGCUCCUAAUGAACCUAUGCCUCAAAAUAUUAAUGGCACCUCAAGUGAACAGGUCCCCGACGCCAAUAGUGGCCAUGAAGGAGUACCACAAACAUCAAGGAUACCUAGUGUUGCUGAAAAUACUCCACCUUCUCACAAUACUACUCAUUUCUAA